AUGGGAAAGAGAAAGCAACGUGAUGAGGAUAUGGACGGUGCUUGCCCUAAGACAUAUACGUACUGGAAAGAGGAAAUAGACAAGUCAUUUGCUGAAUGUAUUCUGGAGCUUGUAGAGAAGGGGCAGAUCGUUGACGGCAACUGCAAGAAUGGGGCUUAUAAGCAGUUAGAGAAGCUGUUGCAGGAAAGAGUGCCGGGAUGUAGGGUCAAGGCAUAUCCUAACAUUGAAGGCAGCUGUCAUUUUCUUUGUAUUUAUAUUGCUGACUUGCAGAAGCACACAAGCUGCAAAGGGUUGAACAAGAAAAGAUUUCCUGUCUACGAUGACUUGGCAGCGGUUUUUUGCAAAGGGCGUGCAAGUGGUGAGCAUGGGGUCGACACCAAUGUUGUUGACGCUAUCGAUUUAGAGGAUGAAGAAACUGCACCUGUCGAAAAUGAAGAAAUGGAUGAUGUGUUGAUGGAGGAAAUACAAGCAGAAAUGGCAGCACAGAAUAAUCAAUCUGCCAGUGUUACCGCUUCAACCGAUGGUGCUCCAAUUAAGAAGAGAAAGAAAGGUAAGACAGUCGAUGAGCACCUCGCCAACUCCAUCGAGGAAAUGAGAGAACUUCGACCACUGAUUAAGCAAUCAGUUGACACUAUUGCAAGAGCACUCGAAGAGAGCGAUGAUCUCAUUAGCAAGAGAUCGAAUCUGCUGAGGAAGCUGGAAGAACUUGGAGGCCUCACAACAACUGAUAUCAUUACUGCAUUGCGGAAGCUCUCUAACAACGAUAGGGACCUGGUAACAUUUUAUUCGUUGGAGGCAGAUGAAUAUAAGAUGGCUUUUGUUAGGGGAUUGCUUGGAUGA